AUGCUUGCAAGAAUACCACGACAGGCUCUUCUCCGUUUGCUUUGCUGCCCCGCCCGCCCGCCACCUCUCAGGCUCUGCCGUCAUGCAUCCACAGAACCCUCCAAACCAACGCCUUGGCGUACAGAGACGACGGACCCGCCGUCGAUCCUCGUUGAGGAGAAUUACUCACGGUCCACCGUCUUCACCAUAGACUUCUUCCGUCGGUUCGUCAGGUUUACCGCGAUCGGCAUUAUUGCCGUUAGUGCGACGACAUGGACUGCUCUUACGGGCGCGCACAUGUGGAUCGAGCAUGUCGAGCUCGCGUCUGAGACAGAUGAGGAGGUGCGCAGAUGGGAGUGGGACCAGGAGGCGGAGCGCUGGUCGGGCGGCGCGGCGGGCGGAACAGAUCCUGGCCUCAGCUUGAUGGGACGCUUUGCAGUGCGUAGUGCCUGGAUCGCUCAACAUUGGGGAAUAGGUUCGGGGACGAGCGUCAUCGGCUCGAAGGCGUACAGCGGUCGCGGGAACACGGGCGGCAGCGCGGUGAACGCUGUCGAGGCACGCCUCGAGUAUGCGCAAGAUUUCCUCAAUAUUGCGAUUAAUUCCGCCCUGAAGGGCGCGAGCUCUGGGAAGUUACGCAAGGAAACCGUCACCGACCUCAUCGGCCGUCAUGCAAGCGUCAUGGAGCGUAUGGGCACGAAGGAAGCGCUAUUUGAAGCGAGGGCCGAAUUCGAACGAGUAUGGGCUGGCCUGCCAGGUAAAGGCAUUGACGCCGCCCGCGUUGCCCUGAAACUAGGCGAUCUCAAUCAACGACUGGGCGACCCCGAAGAUGCUUUGGUAUGGUGGGCGCGCACCAUUCAGCUAGUGCAAGAUGCCGGAAACACUCAAUUGGCCACUGUUCCACCUGUCGUUCCUGCAUCUGCUCCUUCCUCCCCACUGGCCCAGCGCACGCUUGUAUCGACACUUGUAUCCCUGUCCGCACAUUAUGCGACUUCUGGUCAACUCAAGCAGGCACGCUCUGUCGAGGAGUCGGCCCUUGAACUGCUACGAUCUGUCAAACAGCCGCAGUCGCUAGAGACAUCGACAUCCCCUCAGGCACUGCAUGCGCUAUACAUCCUCCACCGCUCCUCUCUCCUGUCCGUGCACUUAGCCGAGGUCAUGUACGCUCUCCGAGAGAAACCUGUCACCUCUAUCCAAUGGCUCUCACGUGCCGCUGAGUCCUCGGAACGGGUAGCGUUGGUGUUGAGUGGCUUGCCUCUCAUCCACCCUGAUGCUCCUGACUCCGCAAUCCCUCACCCACCGUCGUCGGAGACACCGCUGAAAGCAGAAUAUUCGAAGUCACGGACUAUGGCGCGACCGGCCACGAGCCUGCUUCGGGAUGCAAGGCGUACCGCUGCCGAGGCUUGGAACCUCAUGGGCAUCCUCAUAGAGAGUAACGGCGGCAAAGGAUCGGCGGAAAAGGCCUUGGAGUGCUACGAGCGAGCGUUAGGCUGGGCUGGGAUUGCUGGAGACCGACCGGGUGGAAUUGGGAAGGCAGGAGAAGGUACUUUGGAAGUGGAAUGGCAGGCACUGUGGGCGAACUACGUCCGUAUGCGGGAUGCUUCCAGGAAGGAUGUGCGGUGA